AGUGAAUGGAGAAGUUCAUGGAGAUAGGCCUAGGCCCACUGGGGCUGUAGUGCCAAGGAAAAAAAAAAAGGACAACAGGCUUUCACAGUAUUGGUACCUGUGGAUGGUUAGAGGUAAUAUGGGGAAUUAUUUUCAAUUUUUCCAUACAGCUGCAAGGCAUGGCAGUCCUGGCAGUCAAAAGGUCACACUUGGACACAGAACUGAUUACCAUAACCAUCAUUAUGACAACAAUUCUAACAUUUUCUGAUAUAUUAAAAAUAUUGUCAGACUUUAACCGAUGUAUGUGAAUUGCCAUUGGAAAGAUGCUGUAUACUGCACAAAGUGUUCAUAGCUGCCAAGCUGUGAAAAUCUGACAGGAUGGUUACAAAUAAAUGAAAUAGAGUGUCAAAAAUAUUCAUAAUUACAGUAAAGACAGAGUUCUCCCUGUGCAUAAUUAUGCACCACAACAUGGAGAUGCAUUUUUAUUCUUGGUACUACUUGGAGGUGAGGGGUCAUCUUCAUGCCCUGGCUGCUUUAUCGCUGGGAAAAAUCCUCAUUAGCUAUUGAAUAGGAGGUUCAGUGGUCCCUGAGCUAAUGGAUGUGGUGACAAAAACUGAACUUCUUCCCUUCCAGGAAUCAAGCCCCCAUUAUCCAGUCACACUGACCAGGCUCUCCCAGCUCAUUUUGUAAUUUGCAGUAACUAAUAAAUGUUCACAGAUGCUGGUGUAGUGCUUGCUUUAUUGUCAGAUCAUUUCGUGUUCUGUCUGCUAACCCAACUACCAGCACUAAUCUUCUGUUUAUUUCCCCAGUCAAGGAAAUCAUAUCCAGACUGUCUCUGCUCAACUGCCAGGUUGUUAUGUGAGAUGUAUAAUUGCAGAAACUUCCAUAGAAUAGAUUUAUUUGUGAACUAGCUAAUUCAGCACUGGGCGGCAUCCCUAGAUGAACAGACAUGUUUGCAAAUAAUGGACUAAACAUUAGUUAUCUUUUUAAACGUGUAGCAGUCCAGGAAACUACUGAAGAAAGCAAAUGUGAGUGCUGAAACAUAAAAUGUAAUCUGUGAAGCAAAUGAAAAACCUUGCUAAGUAGAAAUGUCAUUCUCAAAAAACACCAAGUCCUGUUUAAUGAUUUGCUCAUCAUAUUGUGAUUGAACACAAUAAAAUCUCAUUUAAAAUAUAUAUACCCAGGAGAAUCUGGUCUGAUAACAUCACACCAAGUGUCAUAAAUGGAAAAUGCAGAAGGUUGAAUGAAAAAAGACUAAUGAGAAAGUGGGGCUUUUAAGGGCCACUGUGGAGAAAAAAUAAGGAACUAGCCCUUUGCAGGAUUACUAGAAACAGUCAUUUAUUGGAGUACUGCACAUGUAGGGCAUGAGGAAAGAGAAUGCAGUCCUUUUAAGGGGCAGGCAGAGAAGAACCAUUUCUGGAGGAAGUAGCAGUUUUGUGCUUGGCGAAAACCUGUUAUGUCAGGGUUUGGAAGAGAGAUUUUCAUGUCCACAAGCAAAUUUUGGUUGGGAAAUAUGGUUUUGUUGAUGCAUCAUGUGAAUUAACAUUUGCAGAGUUCUCAUGGAAUGCUUCUCUGCCUCGGGUGAACAAAAGGCUGUGUUCAGAUGUCUUGUUUUUCAUUUCAUUUACCUUUGUUAACAUCAUUGAUGUCAUACUAAUACAGCAGUGCUGUAAAGCAGCUGAUUGGUCCUAUGUGUAAUGAAUAAUUUUUUAAAAGUCUUUGGUGUACCUUUUUGGAAAAUCUUUUGCUAUUGGCAGUUUGAACUCAAAUUGUCUGUGUUUCUGAGCAACAGUUUAUGAAGACAUGUACCUGGUCACAAUUUUUAUAUUUGUGCUAUGGUUUUGUGCUCCUUAGAUGUGAUGCUGAUAUUUAUGCAAGUGUUUAAGACUGCAGAAGCUUAUACUGCCAAGAAAAAUUAUUAUUGUGAUGUAACUGUAGUUAAUUUAUUAACAUCUAUUUCAGAUUUCUAGAAACUUAGGCCAGAAAUCACACCCAGAAACAUUCCUAUAUCUUCAAGGUUUCUGUAUUGUCACCUCCCACUCCCCUGCAAGCUACAUUGGAAACGUGCUACAAACAGAAAAUGUAGCCACAAAGAAGCAACCACAGCAUAUACACCUCCUACACACUAUAAAUAUCCCUACUCAUGGAAAUCAGAAACAUACAGUUCCACAAUGGCAUAUAUCCAGUACUGCAAAAUUUGCAUUACUACAUUUUUACAUCCAUACACCCCCAUAUACAUCUGGACAAGACACAUGGAGAUCUUUUAGACAUCCAAGUUGUUACACUACCUACAACCAUGCUAUGCACACAUAUACAGAAUUAGUACCAAAAAUACAUGUAAAAAUACGAAUACAGCACUCAAAGUACCAUCUAGUAUAUUCACUACUUGUGUGUGUGUGUGUGUAUAUAUAUAUAUGUUUUACGUAUAUUUAUAAAUAUAUAAACUGUAGAUUUCACAAUUUACAGCACAAAUUAGGAAACCUUUUAGGGAACUUUUGAGUCUAUUGACCAAAAAUAGAUUAAUUUAUAUAAGGGCCAGAAUAAAACAUUGUGUGAUGGUACAGAAACCUUGACUGUAUAUUCACAACAUGAUGCAAGGAAUAAAAAGAUGUAUAUAUCUUGCAAGGAUAUCAAUUCAUGCAUUAACUUCAUGCCUAGGGAAAUGAAACAAGAGUCCAGUCUUCAUGUUAAUAUAUAAUAUGUCAGCAUUUUGUCUGAAUAGUUUUAUUUUAUUUACCAAGCUACAGAAAUAAUCUUACAUACUCGGUGAGGUUAUGCAGAACAGUAUCAUAUACAAUGCAAUUUUGAUAUGAAUGUAUUUACACAGAUGUUAAAUAAUUUCAUGGGAAGAGGUACUUAAUCUCUCACUUAUUCAAAUUCUUUUAAUACCAUUAAUAUGUUGAAUUUUCUUGUUCAGAAUUAUGGCCAUAAUUGAGUUAAUGUUGGUAGGAUUAUAUAUUGUACUCAACUGAUCUCUCUUAAAAUAAUUGACUGUACAGAGUUUCAUUGUUUUUUGGUCUGUAGAAUUAAUAGUGUAUUGAUUCAUUAUGUGAUUGCUCAUUUGUUUUGCCAAAUAUAUUUUAAAACAAUUGUUAUGACAAUAAUUUCUCUUUCAGAGUCAAAAAUGAGUUUGUAAUUUUAAAGGCCUAGAUGACAUAUCAGCAUUCAAGCAAUUAAAAACAUGUAUGUUGUGAUGUUUAUAGAUGUAUCAGAAUUAUAACAGGAAGGGUGUUAACAUAAAUAAAAGGCCUGAAUUCUAAGCCAUGGUGGGACAAAUAUUAACUGCUGCAGCACAUACCAGAGAGGUUCAUUCCAUCUGUGGCCUUAUUACUGCCUGUUCAUAGAGCAAGAUGCUAGCUGGUGUUGGCUUCUUUCAGAGAUUGGUUCAGAGGACAACAGAUGCUGUUGGAACAGUGAAAAUCAAGCGCAAAGGUAUGCCAAUAGAUCUAAAAAAGAAACUGAAGAAAGGAAAAGUAGUUAGUGCAAAGUGUGGGAAAUUGGUGGCGUUGAAGUGGAAGGAUAAGCACAAUGUCUCAGUGCUGACUACUAAACAUUCAGAUGAAAUGCAACCCGUAAGUCGAAAGGAAAUGGAUCAAUAUGUAAAAGAAAAGCGCAUUGGCGAAGGUUCAUUUGGAACUGCUUAUCUAGUCCGAUCAAAAGAAUCAGGGGUCCAUUAUGUAAUAAAAAGGAUCAACUUCUCAAGAAUGACAGAGCAGGAGAAAAAUGAAGCAAUGCGUGAAGUUGAGGUUCUUGCUAAGCUGCAGCAUCCAUAUAUUGUUGCAUAUAAAGAAUCCUUUGAGUAUGGUAAGAAUCUCUACAUUGUAAUGGAUUACUGUGAAGGUGGAGAUUUAUAUACAAAGAUUCGGGAGUAUGCUCAGAAGGAAAGAUAUUUUUCAGAAGACAUAAUUCUCAAUUGGUUUGUUCAGUUAUGCCUUGCUCUCAAACAUGUUCAUGAUCUUAAGAUUCUUCAUCGGGACAUAAAAUCGCAAAAUAUUUUCCUCACGAAAGGUAAUAAUGUCAAAUUGGGUGACUUUGGAAUUGCAAAAAUUUUGAAGAAUACAGUGGACCUUGCAAAAACGUGCAUUGGAACACCAUAUUAUCUCUCGCCUGAAAUUUGUGAAAACAAGCCAUAUAAUAAUAAAAGUGAUGUAUGGGCACUUGGGUGCAUACUUUAUGAGAUGGCUGCAUUAAAACAUGCCUUUGUGGCAGGAAACAUGAAGAACCUUAUUGUGAAGAUUAUUCGAGGCUCUUAUCCCCAGAUUCCAUCACGUUACAGCAAUGAUCUCCGCAACUUGGUACAACAGCUCUUCAGACGAAAUCCACAGGAGCGACCAUCCAUUAAUACCAUUUUGAAGAAAACGUUUAUAUCCAAUAGAAUUGCCAAGUUUCUAACAAAAACACAACGAGAUCAAGAAUUUGGUAUAACCAGCUCACAUUUUCAUCAAGUUGUGGAAUCGAAGUCUCAGGCACAUGCAAAAAAACCAAAAACAGCUGUCACUGAUCCUGCACUGAAGUAUAGGUCACCAUUAGUUGUCAAGAAGACAAGAGUACAUAAAGAUUAUGACAAGAAGGUGGUAUCACCAUCUGCACCAGAAACUUCACAGAUGUCUAAACACAAAAUAGGACCUGCAAGACAAAUUUGCAGUGAAAUUAGUCCACCUGGCAGACUGUACAGAGUUGUUUCACAAGAGGCUUUUUCUCUAGUCCAGGAAGAAGGAGACGUGAAAAGGUCUUCGGUACUUUCAAUUGUAAAGAAUCACUUGGACAAGAUACGUUGUGCUAGGAGUAUGCUAGAUGGAGAACACUCUGUUGAACCUAGAAACAUAACUGAAACAUUUAACCAAUGCAUAAUGAAACCAUUUGUAAAUAUAAUUGCACUGAACUUAUUAGAUCCCGAAAAAGGGUGCAUUAUUGAGGAUGCUUUAUUGCAUGAAGGAAAUAAAGAUAAGAUCACUGCUGCAUCAAGAUCAGUGCAUGAGAACUGUAACAUACAAAAUAUAGAAGAUGCUUUUCUUGCAAUUUUAGGCUUUAACUGCAUACUAGAAACACUGUGUAACAAGAAAAUGCAGCUGGAACCAGAGAAGUCAUUUGUGAAACAACACAAAGCAACAAAAUUUCAUAGAAUACAGAAGAACAGAAAUGGAUUCAAUAAAACAGUGAUCAGGCUUACAAAUAUGGUGUCUGAUCCAGAAUUCCUUGCAUCACUUCAUAUUAUAAGAUUGCAAAACUUCAAGGAAAGACAGCUUAUGAUUAAAAAAAGAAACAAAGAGAAUGAAAAUAAGAUGAAUAGCAUAAGGUGUCAAAAGAAUAGAAGUAAUAGUACCAAUGUGCAUUCCCCAUGUAUGCUCAACAGUGCAGAUCAUGCCCCAAGUGAUGAUGUCAUGCAUGUAAGUAACACAAUGGGAGUAAGUAAUGAACAGUUGAAAACAGAAGGUAUUGCUACCAGAAAUAUUGUGAAUAGAAUGAGAACAAGGAUUAACAAAAAGAGAAUGGAAGCCUUUGAGAAAGAAAAGAAGAAAAUAUUAGAAAACAGAUGUACAGAAUAUACAGAUAACAUCAGUAUUCCUGUGGAUGAUCAUGAAGUAAACAAGUUGGAAGAAGAAACAGAGGAAUCAAAUAUUAUAAAACUGAAAUACAGUAGAAAUACAGAUGAGAAGAGAACUGCUUUAUCAGCAGAAAACAAGAAUAUUCCACAGGCAAAUAAAGAAAAUGAAACUUAUAUAGAUGGUGAAAACAGAAUCUCUAAGGUGAGACAGAAAUGGAAGAAAGAUUCUAGUUUCGAAUUAGGAAAGGAAUCGCUUGAGUUAGCAGACUUCCUUAUGGAUUCGACAUCAUCAGGUGAUUUUGUUAUAAAAUAUGGAAAUUGGAAGCAGUGGAGCAGUGCAGGUACUCUGUGUGAAGGAACUGUUAUGGACAGGACUUACACUCUUGAAAGACCGUACCCUAUACCAAGCGUUUUUCACAUUGACUCAGUAAUGACAAAAUCAGGAAGUGAUGUGUGCAAUGUCAGUGAAAAUGAUGGCUGUGGUGAUGGAGUUCCAGGCAGCAUUCUUGGAGAAAAGCAGACAAAAGUUGACAUAAACUCAAAAUAUACCCAAACUGACAUUCCAAGUGCUGUGGUUCCAACACAGGCUAUUACCAUGCAAGAGUCGAUGGAUUGCAAUUUGAAACUUUCAAAUCCAGGGCAAACAUUUGUAUCAAAAAAAGAUAAACAUAUGGAUUAUCAAAAGCUGAAAGGUGAAUGUAAAAAUCAUCCAUAUCAAAUACAAAUGUUGCUUCAAGGAACUCAAAUAGAUCAGGAAUCACCUGUGAUUUUACCAUGUUCAUCUAUGGUCCUGAGCAGUACACAACUUGAUGAUUUUUUACCUCCACCUCGAAGAAAACGAAGAACAAAAACAGCAACACAGUAUCACUCUCAUGGAAGCUGCAUGAAACAUAGGACAACGAAAAGGUGGUUAAAUUCUGAUGAUCGCAAGAGGAAACAUUCCCCUUUAACUUCUCCAAGACUUUGUGUUAUCUCAGUUGACAAUUCUACAACUGUUACUAGUGGAUUUGGAAGUACUGAUAUGAGACGAACAUGUAAGAAUGUCAUUGAUCAUUUACGAGCACAACAUACAUCAGAUGAAUUAUGCAGUAAUGGGUUACCAGUAAUAACCAGCGUGGUUGAUGCUGUAUCUCAUGAGAGUAAACUGAACAAUGUACAAAGAGAAUCAAAAAUUGACAAAACUUCAAGUGACACUAUUGAACAUGAAAAUGUACAACAGGGCAGGAGCUCAAAUUAUGAUAAACAUAAUGGAAACCAAGUUGUAAGAAUCGAUAGCUUACCCAGCUAUGGUAAUGGAAGCACAAAAGGCAAUGAGAAAUCCUCAAGUACUGGAGAGAUACAUACAGAAAACACUCAUAACGCUUUGCAAGUAUCCUUGUCAAUCAACAGCAUUAAUAACCAAAUGAAAAAGAAAGGUGUAAAUGAAAAUGUAUUUAAUAAUUUAUUUGCAGAUUUGUAUGAAAAAGAAGGCAGCAAACUAAAGGAGAUGCUAGAUUUAAAUAACAGACAUUACAAUGCUGAAUUAGGUACAAACACUGUAGAAAGUAACAAAAAAGUAUCACUGCAGAAAACCAAUAAUGCAAAUGUGAAAUAUCCUACAAUAAAAUAUGGUGUUACUAAGCCAAAAGCAGGUGAGAUCCAAAGCCAGUAUGAGUCUAGAGAAAUUAUGCCAUUUAACAGAAAAUCUGAGAAACAGAAGACACGUCCCAGAUCAGCUAUAAUUUCAACCAUCUCACAAACUAAAACAAACCAAGAAAACUCAAUGAGACCAUUGUCAAGUGGGCCAUAUUUAUUUCAUAAAAGCUUAAAAUUUAGCAGACUACUUCCUGUUAUUCAGCAUGACACCAAAAACAAAAUAAACACAAAUCUGGAUGCUAAACACCACUCUUUUACUUUGGAAGAUGUAAGAGAAGCCGCAGAAUAUGACAAAAUACUGAAGGAGACAGAUGGUGGUGGUGGAGAAACACAGACUACUCUUGUUUGUCCAGAUAUUAAUUUGGCACAGCCCCAUGAAAACAAGAAUCUAUUGGACAAUGAUACUGCUCAGAGCAAAGAACACAGCUUUCAAGCAAUUCCUUUAAACUGUGGCAUAAAAGUUGAUGGUUCAUUCCAAAAUAUAUGUCAUAUAACAUCCACAGCUACUCAGAUUUCAAGCAGACUGAAAAGGCCAUCAUAUUAUAUUCACAAAUUAUGUGAACUUGAAACGAAAAAUGCAGAAAAAGCUAAAAUUGGGAAUAUAACACAGGACAUGAAGAAUUAUUUUGAACAUGACAAAGUACCACCAUUCAUAACCAAUAAACUUAAGCAAAUUGAUUGCAAAAUGCGAAGUAGUGUCAUCCCGAUGGAUUCAAAACUCUCAGCUACAGAUUUAGAGGAACCAGACAAGCACCUGUCAUCACCUUGUAAUGAACCUAUUCAUCUAGCAUCUUUACCAACAAAUGGAUCAUCCCGGUGCUCACUUACAAGAACAAUGUCGCUUCCAGAAUUAACACAGACCUUCACACCUAACCUCAAUUUUCAAAUACCAUUCCAACUUACACAGAGUACAAGUGAUGUGAAAAUCAAACCAACAGAGGACAGAGAUGAAGUGACAGUAGGCCAUUCUGAGGGACCAGUUCACACAAACGAUAUAAACCACCAAAAUGCUUAUUCCAGGAUGAAUUUAUUUUCUGUUGGCUCUACAUGGCAUCUAGACGAAGCUGGUAAAGCUGUAACAUAUGAAGAUGAAACCAUAUUUUCUCAUAUUGAAGAGUGGAGAAUGAACUUAGAACAUGAAUUAGGAGUUGAAAAUUUUCUACAUGCUUAUCGAAAAUUACAACUACUUCAUGAGACUGGUGUAAACAAAGAAGACUGGCAAAUGGUGAACAAACUGCUGGGAGAGAACAAAGCUCACCUGGUCAUUCAAGUCUGGCAGCUUGUUUUGGCUGAUGGAAUUUACAGUGAAGAAGACAGUUCCUAAUUAUAAGGUAUAACAAUUAAACAACCAGCCUGAUUCUGCAAACAAAGAACAUUUUUAAGCAUAUGAAAUAAGUGUUUCCUGAAUACCAGCUAUAAAAUAUUGCCCUGUAAGAAAAAAAAUCAGGAUAUGAUGUACAGUAAAUGACCUGUUUAAUAUUCAUUCAUAAAUUACUUGUGCUCUACUUUUUAUACAAGUGUCAAAUUACCAUAUUGUAAACACACUGAACAUUUCAUGUUAAAAAUAUUAGGGACUGCACCGCCAGUAUGGGUGAAUACACUUGAAAAAGUAAAAAGGGCACCAUAUUCACAUUUAUAAUGUACACUUGUGAUAAGCUGGCAGCAGCCACUGAACUAAAACUAAAUUCAAUGGCAACCAGACUUAAAGAUGAUGCGUGCAUUCCAAUUCUUUUUCACUUGCCACAUAAUUCUGACACUGUAAUACAUAUCUUACAUGUUAUAAAGGUACUUACAUUUCUAACUUCUUUCAUGUGCAAAGAAUCUUAUAUAAUAAAGAAAACGUAUAAUUAUGUUUUUUCGUGUAUGUACACCUCACUGUAUUUAUAACACUGUGUAAUGUUUUACUGUUAGUCACUUGAUUCUAAUAUGGAAAGCUUGCAGUAAACUCAGAAAAAUUUUAAAAAAUUAAUCAAUAAACUGCAGGAUUUGGAAAUGUUCCUGUAUUUGUUAAUGCUCAUCAGGGAAACCAUUUCAUUACAGUAUGGCAUGGCCUCGGCCUCCAGCUGGAGAGACAGCUGCUUCUCAAAUUUUGGGGUUGAGUGGGAGUAAACUUUCCUUUCACUUACUGACUAGCCUAUCAGUGCUAGAAUGAUCAAAUCAAGGAUGCAGUGGGCAGGGCAUGUAGCACACAUUCAAACUGAGAAUGAGUUCAUACAAUGUUCUGGUAGGAUAAAGCGUCUGAAAGAAGGGCGUAGAUGGGAGGGUGACCAUAAAAUGAAACAUAAAGCAAUAGGACAUGAGGGUGUGGACUGGAUUCAUCUGAUUCACGAUGAUCAGUGGAGCCUGUUGUGAACCUUACAGUUCCAUGCAGUUCUGUAAAUUUCUGUAUUAGCCGAGAAACUAUAAUCUUCUCAGGAAUGAUUCAGCCCAUAGAUGUGGGUUAUUUAAUGAAGCCUGGCAUAUCAAGAUUAUCAUGACAGAUGAUUGAGGGAUUGUAAAGUGCUUAGAAGCAAUCCACUGUGGCCUAUUUACGAUACAGUCCUGGAAUUUUUCUGGAGUGAAAGAGAAAAUUCACCAAAAUAUCAGGACAGCCAGCGACCUUGUAAGGAUUCGAACCGAGCAUCUCUUCAAUGCAAGUCUAGGAUGAUUAAAUAAAUGGGAAUGAAAUGGGUAGGACAUGCAUGGGGAAGUUGAUGAAAGCACAAAAAAAUUCUGGUCAUGAAGAAAGAAAAAGACAUAGGCAUACGAAGGGGGACCCAAAAAU